AUGCAAGCAAACAAAAUAUGUUUCUGGUAUCCAGAACAAUGCUUUUGGUUCCUUUUUUAAAAUCAUAUUUUCAUACCAAAUGACUGGAACGUAAGCUCAAAAAAACUCAAAGGGAUUUGUUGACCCUAUUUGGGAGAGGGUAGUGUUAUUCAUUAUUUUUAAAAGGCUAUGAUUAGAUUUCCUGCUGUUUCCAUUCUCUACUCAUUUCUUCCAGUUAAUAAUUUUAAUAAUGAUCUAGUAUUUUAAUUUUUUUCAUGCCAGGAGCGACUUGAGAAACUGCAAGUCGCUUCUGAUGUGAGAGAAUUGGCUGUUUGCAAGGAUAUUGCCCAGGGGACGCCCAAAUGUUUUGAUGUUUUUACCAGCCUUGUGGGAGGCUUCUCUCAUGUCCCUGCAUGGAGCUGGUGCUGAUAGAGGGAGCUCAUCCGUGCUCUCCCUGGGUUGGAUUCAAACCGGCAACCUUCAGCUCAUCAGUCCUGCCAGCACAAUGAUUUAACCCACCGUGCCACAGAGAGCUCCGUAAUAUUUCAAAUUAAUUAUAUUUAUAUUUGUCAUUGUAAGGCAUCUUGAGUGCCACUGCUGGGGCGUAUAAAUUUGCUCAAUAAAUACAACACAAUUUAAAAUAUUUUAUCUAAAAAAUAGAAAAUCAUCAAACUGAUAGAUGCUGAGAAAGUAUCCAGUAUAAUUCCUAAUUGACGAAUUAGUCACUUACCAGUCAGACUUUACUCAGAAAAAUGAGAAGCAUAUUUUAAUGAGAUGCUGGCUUGAGUGCAGAAACAAAAUAUCCUCAACAACUGUAUUCGUUUCUCUUUGGAAACAGAUAGGUAGAUUUAUUGAACUGGCCAAUACCAAGUUGGAUUGUUGACAGUGAAUUAUAUGAAUAAUAAAACAUCAGCAUGGCAAUCAGACAAGAGCUGCAGGUAAGAAAAUGAAAUGUUAGUGUAAAUAGGCUAUGUGGUUUUUUAUGUAAUGAAUUGGAUAGCAGAGAAAUAAGUAGAAUAAUUAUGAACUCAUAUUUUGCUGGGAUGGGGUAGGGGAGAUUUAGAUCACAAAUAAGCUGGUGGAACAUUCACUUUAUACAGUGUAUAUCCAGGAAAGAAAAUAAUAAAAACAUUCUAGCAGUAAAUCCAAACUCAACUGAAGCCUGUCCCCCUGCUAUUCGGGAAACACCACUAGUACCUAAUUAUCAUGAACAUGCCAGCAAUGCCAUAUAUGCAUGGAUGAAGCCAAAUUCACAGGAAAUGGGCAUGCAUGUACACAAUGACACAGUAGUACCCUGAAUCCCACCAGCCCCAAUUGCUCAGCCAGCAAUGCCCUUCUACUUCAGCCAGUUCUUACACUUUUGCAAAGGCAUGGCUUCAAAUCCUCUUUAAAUGAUGGCUUUCAAGCACAACAUACAAAGAUGGUGGAGAACCCAUGCAAAUCAGCACAGCAGUUAUAACAUUUCCUGACCAGGGGGCUUAAAUGAAGCACAGACAGUCUUCUUGGGAUCAAAAUUUAUCUAGGAAGGAAAACAUUAUUUUGCUAAGCAAAUCAAAUGGGUGGCAACCAGAGACUCAUUGCACCAGCUAAUUCUAGUAAACUACUGCAUAAAGAUUGUUUGGACAGACCAACAUUUAAACUGCCCAUGGUCUCUUAUAGUUUGAACAAAACAACAAACUUUGAUUUGUUUAAAAUGGAACCAGUGGGUCUCAAAGCUUGGGGUGGAGAGGCAAAUAUUUUUCUGCUUUGUACACCAUGUGAAGAGACCCCCCCCCCCCGACACACAACAUUUGAUUUUUAAAAAGUUUAGUUUUAAAACUGUCCAAAGUAUUGAAAGUAGCUCGUGUUCCAUCACACUAAAGCAGUGGUUCUUGACCUUCCUAAUGCUGUGACCCCUUAAUACAGUUCCUUAUGUUGUGAUGACCCCAACCGUAAAAUUAUUUUUGUUGCUACUUCACAACUGUAAUUUUGCUACCGUUAUGAAUCAUAAUGUAAAUAUCUGUUAUGCAGGAUGUAUUGUCAUUCACUGGACCAAAUUUGGCACAAAUACCCGAUUCGCCCAAAUUUGAAUACUGGUGGGGUAGUGAGGGGGAUUGAUUUUACCAUUAGGGAGUUGUAGUUGCUUGGAUUUAUAAUUCACCUACAAUCAAAGAGCAUUCUAAAGUCCACCAACGAUGGAAUUGAACCAAACUUGGCACACAGAACUCUCAUGACCAACAAAACAUAAUGGAAGGGUUUGGUGGGCAUUGACCUUGAGUUUGGGAGUUGUAGUUCACCUACACCGAGAGAGCACUGUGGACUCAAACAAUGAUGGAUCUGGACCAAGCUUGGCACAAAUACUCAAUAUGCCAAAAUGUGAACACUGGUGGAGUUUCGGGAGAAUAGACUUUUGGCAUUUGGGAGUUGUAGUUGCUGGAAUUUACAGUUCACCUACAAUCAAAGAGCCCCUUGAACCCCACCAACGAGGGAAUUGGGCCAAAGGACAGGCAGACAGAUCUUCAUCCUUCUCUGCCAAAGGGGCCUAAGACCAUCAGAAAUAUGUGUUUUCUGAUGGUCUUUGGCGACCCCUCUGAAGCCCUCUCACAACCCCCCCCCCAAGGGUCCUGACCCCCAGGUUGAGAAGAACUGCAUUAGAGCAUGGCUCCACUUUGAAUCCAGUUUCUGCCUCCUGCAGAAUUCUGGGACUUGUAGUUUAGGGAGGGGCCAUUAAAAUGCUCAGCCAGAGAGAUUCUGGGCCUCACUAAACUACCAACCCCAGAAUUCUGCAGAAGGCAAAAACCAGUUUUAAAUUGGACCCAUGCUCUAGUGUGAUGAGGCUGAUUUUUUGAAAGAUAAAAAUAUGCUAAUGGCAUAAUAAGUUUUCACAAGAAAACUUCUGAUUAACCCUAACUAGGCAAGAAAGGCAAGACUGUUUAAGAGAUUUAUUUUGUUUGGAAAUACUAGUCAUAACCACAGUGAAACUACUGAAUAAUAUGAGGUCCCCGAGCUGCCUCUGUAUUCGUUGUUUAUGCAGUUAAAUUGCCACAAUCUGGUUUCAGAAAAAAAAUUCACACACCUACUGUUCUCAUUCAUCAUUAUUAGAAACACUCUUCUUGAUAAGUCCAGAAAAUCACGAGUCCACUAGAAUUUAUGCAGGACAGGACAGGAGGCAGGAUGAAAACUUGCAUCAAAUAAGGAAGAGGAUGGUGUGUGCACACAUUAGAUCACUUUCUGGAAUAAAGUUAUCAACCAGCCCUUUAGAUAUUGAAGCAACAGUUCUCGCUCAUCAAGUAGAUGAGACGUGUCUCACAGACCCCCCAGUUGUACAUCUCAUUAUCUGCCAUAGUCAACUAGCCAACAUGAACUCUGCAAUCUGAAAAGUGUAGAUGGGUAGGAUGGUUGGUUGAAGAAACUCUGUUGCAGGGCUAAGAAUAGUAUGGACUUUGACAUUGGUGAAUGCAUAUCACAACAUCUGUCACAUUCCUUAUGUUGGUUAAAUUAUGGUGAAAUUGAGAGAUAUUGAUGAAUUUUAUCAAUAACGAGGGAUGGCAGAAUCAUAGGGAGGAGCAGACCAGCAAUAGGAUGCAUACAACAUCAUUUGAUAAGGACCAUCAACAAAGGUGACUGUCCAGCUGCAAUGACCAUUUGCCAGCCGCCUGCAAUAAAGUCCUAUCUGUCAAUUUUAUUCCUAUUCAAACAGUUCAUGGCUAGUGCCAGGAAUCAGAGUGACAUAUGCAAAGGCGGUUCCCAGUGUUUCACCUCAGUAUCAAAAUGCAGUCUUACACAUCUACUAAAAUGUACAUCCCUAUGAUUUCACUCUGGCUUAUAGUCCCAAGUAGAGACAGUCCCUGAGUUACAAAUGUCCAACUUACAAAUGACUCCUAGUUAAGAAUAGAGGUGAAACAACAGGAAAUGUGAGAUAGCUACUGCUCAGAAGAAAAAUUCACUCCUGAAAGAGUUAUCAUGGGGAAAAGGUGCCUCCACUGAAGCUUUAUCACCAAUCCUUGUUUCCACAACAAGCCAUUUUUUUCAAAAUCCAGUUAUCACAGAGACAGAAAGUGAGGUGAAAUCUUCUGAACAGGGGCACAGAAAGGAGAAUAAACCUCCAGAACAUUUUUUUUCAUAAGUUAGGGACUGCCUGUACAUGGUUAUAGAACCAUAGCCUUAGUGUAUUAUUUUAAUGCUCUAGAAAUUAUUAAACUGGUAAGUAGCAACUGAUAUUUAAUGAUACAACUGCAGCGUAUGUUGUAGCAUCUAAAGCUGAUCAUGAUAAUUGGAUUGCCCCUUUUUGAAGCUGAAUACUUUGAUUUUGCUUAUAUUGACACAGACAUCCUUUUGUGAAUAGUAAAUGUAUCUCAGUUAUCAGCUCUGCAAAAGAUAAUUAAAAUAAGUCUAACAGGAACAUUUCUGUCCUUCAAGGGGGACUCCUUCAGUCCUCAAAUAAGUACCAAGGAAUAUGAAAAUCCCAUAGACUUAAGGAUCUUUUAAUGGAGGUUGUUUUAUUUCUUCUUGUUGCUCUGUGGGUUUUUUUUUUAAAAAAACCUAGAUGAUGUUUUCUGUUGUUGAAAGUAUUUUCUGUAAAUUCUCAGCACCAGCAUUAAUGUUUUAUUUCCUCGAUUGAGUGCUUUUCUUUUUCAUUCUGAAAUUGGAAUAAAAAAGUACCAAUCCUCACUUUUCUGCCAUUUUUAAAAAGAAUUAGACUUCAACAGUGAAUCAGUGACAUGAACCUUAUACACUAUAAACUCAAAAAUAAAAUCAACAAAAUUGUCUUUCAAAUCAUAGAACCACCUCAACAAAUUAUAUCCUUUUUUAAAAAAGUAAUUGGAUCUGGUCACUGAAAAGCCAAGAAAUUGCCAUAAACAAUCACAAAAAUGGAAUACUUUUAUGUGUAGGAGCCAGCAAUUAACAAAAUGUAGUGAAAUGUAUCACGAAAACUAACACUUCUUCAGACUCACCCAAAGGAACUUUCAUUUCUUCUAUUCAUAAUAUGUUUUUAUACCAAACCAUUUAAGAUAACUUCCAGAUACACAGAAUGCAAUUGUCACCCCAAUCUCUUAAAAGGUGCAGCUUCAGAGACAGGGCCAACAAAAUAACCAAGCAUUUCUUGCUCCUAGAAAGGAAGUUGUAUUCUGAAAAAACUCAGAAGAGGUAGAAAAAAAUACAGAGAACUGGAGCUCCAGUGCUGGCACCAAGAUGAAGGAUUGCUGAGCAGUGACAAUGUAUUGGCUUUUAUAGUUUUAUAGUGUUGUACCACCCUUUCGGGUGUUACUCAAUCAGACAGUUUCACACCAUGGUCCAUGUCCCCACCCUAUGGCCUCCCUUUGUCCAGUUCUUAUCAGUAGGGUCUGUUUGCCUCAACCCAACAUGUACGCAGCGAGUACUGAUGUCAAUCAACAGGGGAGGGUCAGGCAAGCCUCUGGCUUACCAAGGCCAUCUGUGUCCAGCAGGGUAGGUGACGGGAUACUCACACCAUCUUAUUCCAGCCUUCAGUUCUAACCCAAUCCAGCAUCUAUUUGCUUCAAGCUAAUGAAUGGCUUUUUGGGUUCCAGCCUGGUUUUUUUUGUCUGCUGAGCAACCAUUAACUAUGCAAACUCAAAGCUACAAAAAUCAGCUUGAUGGACAUUUGAUUGACUGGCUGAUUAAAUAAAACCUUUUAUCACAAUGUCAAUUCAGCACGCACUGGACCACUCUGUCAGCAGCUUACAUUUUGGAAGAAUAUUAUCUGCAAAUGAAGCAAAUAAAAGCUGCCUUGAGUUGUGUAAACCACUCUGAAUUCCAGUAUAAGAAAAAGGUGGGUAGAUAAGUAAGUAAGUAAGUAAGUAAGUAAAUAGUAGUAUAUUCAACAGGUACAAGUGAUUUGAAUAGUGUCCUGGUCUGAAUCAUGAUCUCCAUUUGGAAUUUAACUACAACCAUGACCCAUUGAAUGUAACACAAAACCAGUGUAAUGGUUGUGCAUUGCUAUUUUUUCAUUUUUAUUUCCCUAUAUAGAAUGUUAAUUUUAAAAUAAAUAAAUUAGAAACAAUGUAUCAAUAUUUUCUAAACACUUCACAUUUUCACUGACUCAUGAGUCUGUAUCUUGAUAAUCAGUUUGGCUGCAGGGAAUACAUACAGAUAUUUUUCUUCUUUUUCCAUAUCUUGAUAUUCCAGUAUAAUUGGACCUGAUGAAGAGUUCCAGAAAACUUUAAAACUUGCUAAAUUUGUGACAUCUUACUGAUUCAAAGAAAGGUAUCACACAAUUCUGGUUUUUAUUUAUUAUUUAAUCAUGCAAAUAUCUUGCCUAUCUGUGCAAGAAUAAGAAUUAACUUUGCCAUCCAAGAAGACAGUAGAACGAGAGUCUUCAACAGCUGCAAAGGCUGGAACAAAACCCUGGAACAGAACCUUUGUCAGUUAACAUUUCUUUGUCUACAGUAGUUUUGUCCUUUUUUUUGCACUUGUUGCUUCAGAGCUUACACUUUUAUACUGAUCAUUUAUCAUUAAUUCAAUACUGUUUAAUUCAUACUGCGUAGAUGAGUCAUUUCAAAUUCUAAAGUAUAUAAAAUGUUUUGCUAAUUGGCUUGUAAAUAAUUAAUUGACUGUUACCUUGCUCCAAUGUGGUUUUGAAAUGAAAAGGAGAGCAGCAUCAACAUUUAAAGAGUGUGGAAAGGAGAAGAGCAAAGGUAAUACUGGAAAGUUACAUCUAUAUAUAAAAAAUGAAAUGCCUGAUAUGGUUAGGUUAGGCACAAAUAUACAGUUUCCUUUAGAAUGAUUUACCAAACACAUUAGGCAUUUUACAAUUUUAUAAAUUUAAUUUUCUGAUGCCACUUUAAUGUUUUUCCUUUGAUAAAGUGUAGUAUAUUAAAAUGUUGAUGUUAAUAACUUGCAGAAGUUGUUUCUUACUUAUACAUAAUGGAGCAUUUCACAGAAAUUUGUAAAAUUUAGGAGGAAAGGAUCUUGCUUAAGAAUGGAUUUUUUCCCUGGUGAUUGUAAAGCUUAAAACACAUGUAUCAGAUUCAAGGCCCAAGAGCUAAAUCCGAUCCUCCAGAUGCUGGACCACAACUCCUGUAUUCCUCAUCAUUAGACAUCACAACUAUAGCUGACGGAAGGCUGCAAUUUGUUCUGUUUAGUCAGGAUAAUAGGGUUUGAAUUUAGAUCCAAGUCUUGUGGAUAUUAUAUCUGACUUUAUAUUGUCCUUUAACCUUUCCUCUGAGCCACAAGUGAUGUUGGGUUGCUAUUCCCACUAUCCCCAGUCCACAUGGUGGAUAAUCAAAAGUGAUGGAAGUUGUCAUUCAAUAACAUUUGGGGACCCAAAAUAGACAAAAAUAGAGAGCACUGGCUACUAUGUAAAUAAUUAUUUUAGGCCCUCUGUAUCCACAGAUUUUCCAUCCAUGGAUUCAACAUGGAUUUGAAAGCAACCAUAAGGCUCAUGUGCACUUGGUAGAAAAUGAGAUUGACCACCCUGGCUUAAAAGUUGUCAGAGUUCAAAUGGAUAUCUUACCACAAGUAAGCCAUUAGACUUGAGAAGCUAUUCUUGAUAAGCACUAUGUGAUAUUUCCUUUGAUGCAUGCUUUAGGGACAGUGGUAUUUAUUUUCUGUUUUCAUAAAAUCUGCAGUGAAACAAGCAGUCAUCACUGGAUUGCAAAUGAUAAUAAAUGCACAUACUCGUCAGACAUAAGCAUUCAGACACCUACUUUCUGAAAUCUUAAAGGAUUUCCAAAACUGGGUCGAUCUCAAGCAUUCAAGUUGUUGUUGCUUGACUGAAACAAACCUCUACUUCUUCAUGAAAAGCAAGAGGAAGUUACCACUAGAAAAACAAGAAAACCACUCCUUAGAUACCACCCACCUGCCAUAGAUCGAAUGUGCUUUGGCGUCCUCUUGCAACAAUAUUGCUAAAGAAUCUUCAGUGAAUCCUUGCUAAGAGAUGGAAGCUGCUCAGUUGGCAACUACAUCAGCAAUGACAGAAAACUGGAGCAGCAACUUUGAAGCAUACCCCAUUGAUUAUGAUGGAUUAGAUUCAAUGAAUAUCUGCCACCUGGAACUGCCAUUUGCUUACAUCUUUAUCCCCAUUCUCUAUUUCCUCAGUUUUCUUAUUGGUUUCUUUGGGAACCUAUUUGUGAUCCUACUGAUGGCACGAAAACAAGGCAGCAAAAGGCUUGUGGAUACCUUCGUUCUCAAUCUGGCCAUAGCUGACCUGAUCUUUGUAUUUACUUUGCCUUUCUGGGCUUUGUCAGCAGCUCUUGAUGGCUGGCUCUUUAGUGAAGGACUAUGCAAGCUGAGCAGCUAUACCAUCUCUGUCAACCGCUGCUCAAGUAUCUUGUUCCUGACUGGCAUGAGCAUGGAACGCUUCCUUGUGAUGACCAAGCGUUGGGAUGCCAAGUCCAUUGGAACCAGGAAGAAUGCCAUCACGAGCUGUGGAUGCAUCUGGGCAAUCUCACUACUGCUAGGAAUACCAUCACUGGUCUACAGAAACCUGACCUUCAAGGGAGACAGCAAAUAUUCAUGCCAGGGUGACCCCCCUGCCACCUUCAGUGUGGUCAUGCUCAGCUUAACCUUCCUGUUGCCUUUGGGAGUCAUCUUGUUCUGCUAUUGCUCUAUCUUCUCCAAACUUCGGAGCCAUGCCAGACUAGGCAAAAGAAGAAACAACGCCCUUAAAAUCAUCUUUACCAUCAUUGGGGCAUUUGUCUGUUCUUGGCUGCCUUUCAACACCUUCAAGAUGAUCUUCACUAUGACUCAGAACAUUGAGCUCUCUUGCCAGGCCCUGAGAACUCUCUUCGGGGGACUCACCAUCACCGCUUGCCUGGCUUUCGUAAACAGCUGUAUCAACCCUGUCAUCUAUGUCUUUAUGGAUCAGCACUUUCGACGGCAGGUCCUGAUGUAUUUCCCUGGAUUUUGCAAAGCAAAGGGAAAUAUGCAAGCCUCCAGCAUGUCCUUUUCAUCUACAGAAUCAAGUGUUUUGUUUGGCAGCAGGAAAAAGCUCCCACCCGCCACAUCUGUUCAGAUAUGAAACACAGUAAAAGAUGUAUGAGUUUGUAAACCUCCAAGAUUUGGCACGUUUUUGGCUUGGACUGCUGAAAAUAACCACAGGCUUUUUGAAUUAUGUUGAUUACGAAAAAGAGGGUAAGGAGAUGGUCUGUAAAUGUGGGUGGAAAAUUGAUAUAUUUUGACUAUCUGUUGUAAAUUACAAUAAAAAAGAAUAUAUUUUUAUCAUUUCUAAUGUGUAUACACAAAAUAACUACCACUUAUAUAAUUUGACCCAAUUUCUAUUGCAUAAUAAGAAUAGAGAUUUAACAUAUACUCAUCUUUAUAAAGCUAUUUCUGCUUGCUAAAAUUGAGAUGUGCUAUGACUGAAAAGGAGUGGCUUGUAAUUACAAGUGUAUCUGCAGCUUAAUGUGAAUUAUUUUGCUUUUACUUCCAAUUACAUAUGUUCUCCCCACCCCAUUAUUGGAUUUUUGUGUAGUUUUUGUAAAUUUGAUGACUAGAUCUUGAUUGCUCAUUGAAAAUGUUUAGCAUGAAAGAAAAAUAAACAACAUUGUAAUUCUAGAGCAGAUUUUUUUAAAGCAAUAAGACAAGCAGGGAGACAAAACUCCACCAAAUCCUGUAUGCUUAAUUAAAGAAGAAUAUAGAACUAAAAUUGUUCUGCUGUUGUGACAUUAUUCAAAAAUUCUUGACAAUUUCCUUUGUAUCUAGGUUUCUCACAAUAUGCUUUCUUAGUUUUGAUUAAAACUGUAAAUCUAA